AUGGCGCAGGUGGAGUCGUAUACACGUGGCGCGACGCGCGUCCUACGAUCCCUCAUGGACGACGACCGUGCAUCCAAAGGCGGGAGAGAAGACGAGGCAACCCAACUCUCGCGCUGGAGUGCGACGCGUCUUGCGGCGAUGCAAGCCGUCUUAAAUCAACGACUGGGGCCUGAAUUUCUGAGCCAGCGGCCAGGUCCGGGAGGUGGUGGGCGCAAGCUGACGUACAUUGAGGGAUGGCGCGUCGUGGAUCUCGCUAACGAAGUAUUUGGCUUCAAUGGUUGGUCCACGAGCGUCAGAAGCCUGGAUGUGGACUUUUUGGAUGUCCAGGCUGAGACGGGGCGAUGCCAGUGUGGCGUCAGUGCGAUUGUGCGAAUCACGCUGCAGGACGGCGCGUACCAUGAAGAUGUCGGCUAUGGACACGCCGAGGGCGUGCGUGGCAAGCAUGCGGCGCUCGAAAAAUGCAAGAAGGAAGCGAUCACUGACUCGAUCAAGCGUGGGCUCAAGACGUUCGGGCGUCUCCUGGGCAACUGCCUGUACGACCAGCACUAUACCACCCAACUCGCCCGGAUGUCGACGCCUGCGCGGCCUCCGCUCCAGCCGCGCGACUUGUACCGCGGCCCCAGCAUGAAGCGACCCGCACCCGAUGACGGCCCGACGCGGCCGCCCCCGAAAGCUGCGCCGGUCAAGGAGCCGCCCUCGGACGAUUUGUGGAACGACGACAGCGAGGCGGCAACCAUGGCCCUGGAGCUCGAGCUAGAAGAUGAUAUGCUUCUACGACAGUCCCAGAUAGCACAGGAACUAGAUGAAAAUGUGUGA